AUAGCGGUCACCGCAUUGUGAUUGUUUACAAUUUUGAACAAAAGUUAAUUUAAAUUGAUAUCAUUGAAAUAACACCAAUUUUAGUGAGUGUGUAUUGCGUUUUACUGACGCCAACUCUCUUACAGUGAUAAGUUUUACUGGAUUCUUGUAAAAAUGCCUCCUAACGAAGCAGAGCCACCGCAAUCUUCAGCUGAGAACCCUCUCGCCCCAAACCCAAGUAAUAAUGUGACGAUGUUCCAAAUAUUCCAAAAUGUUCAAUAUAAUGUUGUACAGCACAAGAAGUAUGUGAAAGAAAUGACCAAAUUGUAUAAAAAGAUGGCAGAAACAUCUUUCCGGGAAAGUUUCAAGAAUGCCCUCUAUUACCUGUUCACGUUCGGAGACACGAGCCCCAACGUCGACCGAGUGAUACAGUUUGUGGCCACAUUCUGCACCUCCCUGGAUGAUGAGGAAGAAUUCCUCUUGUUUAUUUUUGACAUCAUUUUUAAUUGCCAGUGUGUGUCGGGGCAGUCGGUGCGGUACCGGGCGAGCCAGCUGCUGGCGGCGGUGCUCUCGGCGCUCGGGGAUGACGCCUCGCUGGAUGACGACCUGUGCGAUAAACUGCUGGCUUCUCAGAUGCAGCGUCUUCAAGACACUCGCGGCGCGGUGCGGUGCCGAGCGGCGCUGGCUCUCCAGCGGCUCCAGAACCCCAUGGACCCUGAUGAUGAAGUGACUCGGGCGUACAGGUUCCACAUGAGCUGUGACCCUAGUUCUUCUGUUAGACGCGCCGUAGUGAUGUCGAUAGCGAAGUGCGCUCGCAACGUGCCCUUCGUGUUAGAACGUCUCUGCGACGUGGACGAGGCGGUGCGUCGCGCCGCGCACCUGUACGUCGCCGCCGUCAACGUGACGCAGCUGCGCGUCAAACAGCGCGUGCUCACACUGAAGGUGGGCCUAACGGAGCGUUCACCGCGCGUGCGCCGCGUGGUGGAGGAGAUCCUCAUCCCGGGCUGGCUCAGCGCCUUCCAGGGCGACAUGGUGCGUCUACUGAAGGCGAUCCGACUGGACAACGGGCAAGACGCGAAAAACUCACAGGAGGUGGCCGGGAAACUGCUUGAGAGCCUCUUCAAACGUCUCCCAAUCUCGGAGCUGCUAGAAUGGCUGCCCACAGACAAGACGCUCCGACUCAUCCCGGCCGAGAAGCUCAACAAGGAGACGGCGUGGUACUGGCGCCAUCUAGCGGAGCAUCUGCUGAGGAUUGAUGAUGAAGAGACGCUGGAGACCGUGGUGCCGGACUUGGUGGUGCUUACUGGAUAUAUUAAGGCCAUAGUCGAGUCGCCAUGCCCGUCCGAAUCCGAAGACCCGGUGGGCUUCAGCACCCGCCAGCAUGUACUGAGGGAGCUGGCGUGCCUACUCCGAGUUUACGACGCGCGCGACCAGGCCGGCCGCUCCGCGCUGCAGGAGCUGGUCACCGAUGUGUUGACUGGUGACUACGGCCCGCUAAACGACGACGUGAUCCGAGCCUUCGUGGCUUCCCUCAACAACGUCGUGGGGUGUCCCACGACGCGGCUAGAAGCUGUGUGCGGCGUGCUGGCCGCGCUGCGGGAGCCCCCCGAGCCGGACGCGCCGCCGCCGCCGCCGCCCGCCACAAAUACGGUCGACGCUUUGCAGCGCGCCCGCCUUCGAGUCUCUCUAAACGUGGCGAUGGAAGCCGAAGAGGAGGCGGUUCGAGAGCAGAACUACGCAUUGGCGGAGGAGUGCAAGGCCAAGGUCAAGGACAUCAAGAGGAAACUGGAGGAGAUGAACAUGCAGGCGCCGCCGCCUCCGCCGCCUGUGGUUGUGCCGACAAUAAGAGAAAAGAUAUCGGACGCGGCGACGCUCAACAAGUGCCUCGUGAUACUGAACUGCUCGCUCGACACCCCCCAUCUGACAGAGAUCACGCCCAUGAUGCAGAUGAUCUUUAACGAUUUAGAGGUUGAGAUAUUUCAAAAUCCGGACAUUCUCGAGAACGCUCUGGAAACAGUCGCUUUGUACGGAAUGUUGGACAAAAACUUUGCCAAAGAAAACAAAGCUUUCUUCUUUGCUAACCUAAUAGACACAUCCAACGAGCAAAUAGUCACCAAAGUCCUCCGCUGUCUAGUCGACUUACUCUGUGUGCACGGAGCGAAGGUGUUCGAGGACGAUGACGUCACGCGGAGUGACAGCCUGUCGGGGAAGGAGACGAGAAGGAAGAGGGUCACCUACGACAUAGUGGAGGAGGACGGUAGUCUCUCGGAAUCUGCCAUAUCCCUGUCACAGAAUCAUAGCACCGUCAUAGAAUUGCUGCUGAAGAUAUUGGAAAGCGCUUGCAGUGAGUACCGUCUGAUCAUAGCGGAGGGCCUCUGUCGCCUGCUGCACCUCGGACACCUAGAGUCGCCCACCAUACUGACACGCCUGCUUCUGUUGUGGUUUAACCCCGCUACAGUUGAAGAAGACAUGCUGCGACAAACGAUCGGUGUGUUCUUCCAAUCAUUUGCAUCCACUGUCGAGGGAGCCCAAGAACAAAUACAGAAAGCCACAAUCCCCACAUUACGUGCGCUGGCGAACGCUCCGUCCAGCUCGCCGCUCGCCGAGAUCGACCAGGAGGCCGUCAUACGGUUCAUUGUGUCGCUCACCAAGAUCAACCACGAGCUAACAGACAGCGGCGGCUGCCUCGCCAUGUCGCUGUGCAGCCACCUGGUGCAGCGACCGACGGCGCCCGAGAGCGCACUGGUCUGCCGCACGCUGUCGCUGCUGUCGCCGCCGCGCGACGCCACCGUCGCCGGCGACCUGGCGCGACUGCUGCGCGCGCUGUGCGAGAAAAUGCCAGACAAGCAGUCGGCGCGUAACCUGACGCGCUACCUGGGCGCGCUGGAGGCGUCGGAGCGGGCCAGCAUGAACAAGAUGUCGCAGACAGGGUUCUCCAACACCGGUGUCACCGAAGGAACAUUAGCGGGCGAAGACACUCUUCUGCAAAUUGGCCGAGCCACGACGUCUUUACCCCAGCCGAUCGCGCGCAGCACGCACGUGGUCAUCAACGAGACAGUGGAGGAGGAAGUGGAGAUUGAUGAGACGUCGCCCGUUGAAGCCAUCUCUAGGAUAUCUGAAGAACCACAAAGACUGUCCAUUGAUAAGGAAGCGAAGAGCCCAGCGUCUCAACCAAGGACCUCGACGGGGUCAGAGAAAAGUCGACCUUCCGAUCACGGGGAUACGGAGCAAGAUUCAGCGAAGGAAUUCAAAGGCAAUGAGUCAGAUAGCAGUGGAGUGUCACCUGUGAAGAAAGCUAAAGGAGGAAAGGGAAAGAAAAAGAAGUUAUCAAUCACAAGAAAAGACUCUGAUCCCGCUAAAGCGAAAGCGGCUAAGGGCAAAGGCAAAGGUGCGAAAGAGAAGACAUCAGAACAGAAAGAGACAGAGGGUAGUGACAACUCGGGGGGCGGAGUCAAGAGGAGCCGCUCUCAGCGCUCAUUGGUCGAUGUGGAUAGAGCAAAAAGCAACAAAUCCAAGCCAGACGCCACCAAACCUGCCAAACCGUCGCCUCCUGAAUCUCCCAAGUUGGACCUCGAUGUCUCGAACAUCACCGUCCGGCGCUCCACUAGGGGUCUCGCGUCAAGCUCCAGCACCGAGUCUACUGGGUCCAGCGAGACGGAGAAGGGGAGAGGGAAGACGAAGAAGGGGGAGGGGAAGAAGGGUGCGGGGAAAAGUGCGGCCCCGAAACCCUCCACCCGCAUAACCCGCAAAUCUCUCGAGAGACAGAAGUCAACAACCCCGGCGGCCAGCCCGCGCAGCACGCGUAGCUCACAGGCCUCGCUAUUCGAAGACUCGGCCGACGAGACUGAGCUGCACACUAUUGUGUACGACCAGGGGCUGGAAGAGAGACAGAAGUCAACAACACCGACGGCCAGCCCGCGCAGCACGCGUAGUUCACAGGCCUCGCUGUUCGAAGACUCGGCCGACGAGACCGAGCUGCACACUAUUGUGUACGACCAGGGGCUGGCACAAUCGCUACUGGAUGACUCGAGCGAGUUGGCCGAUAGCAAGAACAUGUCCAAGACUGGCAACGUCACCAUCCCCGAGACUCCAGACGGCAGUGAAGAGUCGGAAUCAGACGAAGAAAUUAUAACAGUUAAAGGGAAAGGAAAAGGUAACACGAAAAGGAAAUAGUUAAGAGUACCUACCUACCUCCUGAGCUAGUAUACAAAAUGAAUU